AUGGAAAAUAAACCUCACUUUUCUAUUGUUUUUGUUGUUAUAAUUUCCUUAACGGCAUCGAUGUUAUGUUCCAACGCACAAUUGGAAGCAAAAAAUCCCGUAACUGAUGUAUGUUUGGGUUGCUUAUGUGAAGCUACAAGUGGAUGUAAUCAAACGGCUAUCUGUAAUUACGGUGCUUGUGGCCUUUUCCGUGUUACUUAUGCCUAUUGGGUUGAUGGCGGCAAAUUGACUUUAAGUAAUGAGUCGCCCGAUUUACCAGAGGCCUUUCCUAACUGUGUAAAUGAUCCGUAUUGCGCUGCAAAUACCAUACAAAACUAUAUGGCACGUUACAAGCAGGAUUGUAAUGACGAUGGAGAAAUCAAUUGUUAUGACUACGCCGCCAUCCACAGAUUGGGUGGGUACGGUUGUAAAGGUGCUUUACCUCCUCGUUACUAUGAGACUUUGAACUCCU